UUUCUGAAUCACUUCACCUAACUUACUAAAUUUAUCAAUUCUCUUACUCAAUUGACAAUGUCUGACUUCGGUAGAAAAAACUUUACUCAAAAGGCUUCUGAAGCUGUAAAACCAAAUUCUGAAAAAACAUAUGCUGAACAAACUAAGGAAAAAGCUACUGGUCUUGCUGAUUCAAUUGGAAAGACUGUUCAACCAGAAAGCCAAAAAUCAUAUGGUCAAAAGGCCAGUGAUACCCUUGGAAACAAAAAAGAUGAGGCUCAAGACAGUGGAAAGACAGUUUUAGACACAGCUGGAGAAUAUGUUGAAGCUGCUAAAAAUUAUGUUGCUGAAACCUUUGCUGGAGACAAUACCGCUACCACAACACAUCCCAAUCAAAC